CGGGCCUGAGAUCUCGAGCCCUGGUUUCGUGGCCGAACUCCAUCUCAGUCAAACUCCCUCUUGCAUUUCGUGGAUAUGCAGCCCCACACGGCGCCGGCAUUCCCUCUCCCUCACCCCUUCCUGGGUUUCCUUCCUGCUUCUCCACGGCGGCCUUGCCGCCUCCACUGAUUUUCUAGAGCCAUGCGAUCUCUCACUCCCAACACCCGUUGUAAUGAGAAACCACGUCGCUCUGGGAUGCUUUGCCGGAAUAACCCUACCGAUCUCCUUUGGCCGGCUUGUAGGGUGUGUUGCAGGCUUCGGGCUCUAUCUUUCUGACAAUGGUGUGUGUCGGCUUUGGUUAUGGGAAAGAAGAUGCCCCCUCUGGUGUUGCUCCUCCUUUCUCUUCACAGCCUGUUGCUUCUUUGCUCAGGUCUCGGUAGAGUGAGGAGGACGGAGCUGCAAGGCACCUAACACCGACCGCCGUCGAAGGUGGAGCUUGGGAGGCAGCAACGCGGAGCUGUGGUGAUGGUGGAGGGCCGAGCUGAGGGCAAGAUGGGGAUUAUGCUCUCUAUUCCCAAUGGGAAUAGCUAUGAGGGGGGUAGAGUCGGGCAUGGCCAUUCUCCUCCUAUGGAGGAUGGGAUGCCCCAUCCCGAAUCACUAUUCUGAUUCCGGAUACAAACAAACGCAGGAGUAGAACCGGACGCGGAAUAGAUCCGGAAUGGAAUGCCAUUUCCGCCUAACCAAACAUAGCCUAGGGGCUUUUGUGAUUCCUCCUGCCUCUGGCAUUUUCUCUGAUUAAGCUUAGCGGAUGAGCGGUGAAUUCUCUCAGAACAAAGUGUAAGGGUGCAGUUUAUCACGUCCAGGAGUUUGGGGGGCUUUGAGUAAUUACAUUCCCCAUUUCUCUUCUUCGUUCCCGCAAAUUGAAGACAAAGGCCUUUUAUUUAAAAAUUAGUUUUAAAACAGACGGAAAUAUCUUUCUUUUUUUUCCACCGAGAAUUAUAUAUAUAUAAAUAUACUCGUCGGCUCGGUCACUGUUGCUUUCAUUUCAAAGUAAAACAGAUUUUCCGAUCGGCAGCAAAGAGUGCGACUGGGAGCGUCGGGCAUGGCGUCUUCUUCACCUCCGCCGGAGAAAACUCGCAUUCCUCUACCUCCGGACCCUGAAUUGGCUUGCCCGCGGGAGAUUUUGAUUUAUGCCUUUUUUGGCUCGUUUGGCUGCGGAGAGGGUGCCGGAGGUAUCAGAUUCAGUUCUGAUCGUCAGUCACUGGAUGUGCGGUUGGAAUCUGAUGGAAAUGGAAAACGAUUCUCCGUCGAUGUGCAUUGGAACUGUUGAAACGGCCUUCUCUGUGAUAGGUUGAUUUAAGAUAGGCGUUUUCCUGAAAUUGAGGAUUAGAAGACGAGAAGACUGUUAACAUUCUUGUAGUCACGAGAGAAAAGGAGUGGAGGAAUUUCUGAAAUGACGUGCGACCAGAAAUUUUGCAUAUUAGCAGUGAUCUCGAGAGAAGCAAUUGGUCACAUCUGCUGCUGUAACUGUGGCAAGGCAGGAGCUAUUCGUAGCUGGACUACAAGUCAGGAGCUACUUGUUGCUGUUAACGUUUGCAACUUCUUUUACAUGUGAUGAUUGAUAACUGAAGAUGAUUGAUAAUUGAAGAAUAUUCAGUCACUAUGCUUUAUCUGAAAAUUGGACAUGGUACUGGUAACUGGGGUGAGAAGCCUCCAGAUCAUGGACUCCCCAUUGCAUCAGUACCGAUCCAUAUUGUUACUGCUGCAAAUGAACUUCCUGCUGAAUUUUUGACCCCUUCACCUGAAAGGCAAUUAGUGAUUGGAUUUGAUUGUGAGGGCGUUAACCUAUGUCGCCAUGGAUCCCUUUGUAUCAUGCAGGUUGCUUUUCCAGAUGCCAUAUACUUAGUUGAUGCCCUUACUGGUGGAGAGACACUCAUGAAAGCUUGCCAGCCGGCACUUGAGUCUUCAUACAUCACAAAAGUUAUCCAUGAUUGUAAACGAGAUAGUGAGGCACUAUACUUUCAAUUUGGCAUCAAGCUGAACAACGUUGUGGAUACCCAGAUUGCAUAUUCUCUCUUGGAGGAGCAAGAAGGAAAGAAGAGGUUGCCAGGUGACUACAUAUCAUUUGUCGGCUUGCUUGCAGAUCCACGCUACUGUGGAGUGUCCUAUCUUGAGAAGGAAGAAGUGCGUCUGUUGCUUCGGAAGGAUCCCAUGUUCUGGACUUACAGACCCUUCUCGGACAUGAUGGUUCGGGCAGCUGCAGAUGAUGUUCGCUUUCUUCUAAACAUCUAUGAAAGGAUGAUUGAGAAAUUGAAUGCACGAUCCUUAUGGUAUCUGGCAGUUCGAAGUUCUCUAUAUUGUCGAUGUUUCUGCAUCAAUGAUAAUGAUUAUGCAGAAUGGCCACUUUUACCUCCAAUUCCAGAUAACAUGACAGCAGAUGGCAGUGAUGCUCCUGAAGAGAAAAUCCUUUCAAUUCUCGAUGUUCCACCAGGGAAAAUGGGACGUGUUAUUGGAAGAAAAGGGGCUUCCAUUACCUCAGUUAAGGAAUCUUGCAGUGCUGAAAUCCUGACUGGAGGUCCUAAGGGUCCGCCUAACAAGGUGUUCAUAAUUGGGCCGGUGAAGCAAGUGCAGAAGGCAGAAGCUCUUCUAAGGGGGAAGAUGCUGGACCUCUAAUCACAAGAACGCCAAUGCGGUGCUUCUCUCUUCCGGAGUACCCUUGUAUUGUUUUUACUAAGGAACUGUGAUUGUGAAUUCUCUUCAAAAAAUGUUGUGCAUUUUGGCUCUGUUGUCUUACCCUUUUGUGUGUACAGCAGCUGCAUGCUAAUUCGAGAACAUUGAUUUUCUGCGAGUAAUCUUUUGUCUUGUGAAAAUGAUAAAUCCUACUCGGUGAACACACAGAGAAUAUUAGAAGAUCGCGCUUUAUGCCGCUUAUCGUUUUUAGCUU